CUCAGAUACUGAUAAUGGCAGCAAAGCCUAAACCUCUCUAAUCCCAGGCCAUGACGACCACCAUUCCCAUCCUCUCCUCUCCAAACCCCUCAAUUCUCCGACCCAAAUUCACUUCCUUCUCUCCUCUCACCUCUCGCCUUCAUAACCAUUCCAUUCCCUUUCGCCCUGCAACCAAAAUCCAAUCUUUGAGCUCAAACCAAACCCAUAACUUUGAUUGGUUUUCAGGGAAGGCAUUUGGGUUCUUAUUUGAAAGGAGGUUGAGGGUUCGUGUGAGUGUAAAGGAGGAUGGGGUUGAUGAAGCUGAGGAGGAAAGUAGGGGAGAGAGUACUAUGCCGAAGCGGUUUAGGUACUUGGCCAAAGAAGCUCCUGACCCUCCUGUCAGAUGGCCUUGGUUUGUGGCAUUGGCCUUCCUCAUAUAUGCAUGGAGGGCUGUUUUGUUAGAAUUAUCUAACUGGAAAAAGGGUGCACUAGCUAUUAUCCAAUUUGUGGGAUACCUCUUGAAGCUUAGCUUGGCCAUCAUAUUUCAUUUCAUAGGCGAUCCCAUCACCUACACGAUCAGAUUUGUAGAAACACUUUUGUAUGCUGUUCGAUCUUUCUACUCUGGCAUUGUGGCAUACACUCCAAUUUCAGAUUUGACUACAGUUAUCAUGCUGGCAUCAGCUGUUCUUGCAAUUGCAGAAGCUGUCGUUCCAAACUCUGCAAACUGCCAACCUAUUCUGCUCACGUUUUCUGGUAUAUUAGGCUAUGCAGUUGUGUUUAAUUACAUCUCAGAGCCUUUCUUCUACACUAUUCUAGUCGGCCUGUAUGGUUACUCACGAUUUGUUAAAAGAAGGGAUGAUGUUACAUCUACGUUGCCUUGCGCGGCUGUGCUGGCUGCUGUUGGAGAACCAUGGAUUAGAGUUUUAGUUAUACCAUUGUUUCUGGCAUUGGCCAUCUUUCAAAAUUGGAAGAAGCUUCCUGAAAGCAAGGAAGAUGUUAUAGUGACCAACAGGAAGCUUCCAUUCCCCUUGUUGGCCGCAGCUUUAGCUAUUGGAAUUCGGCUUGCUGCUAAAUGGGCUGGCUACCGGCACUUGACAUGGAAGAUAGUAUGACCUUGUGUUCUCUGAGAUGUUUCAAGGUUUGGCUACAGAAAUGUAUACCGGCUCUAGUAGCUGCACAGAGAGUUAGAUCCAUCUCUCAAAUUCCAGUAGCUCUUUGCCAUAUUUUUGCUACUCAUGUUCUCAAAUGUGUGCUUGAGCUUACCUGAAAUUGUACGUAGUUGUCAGUUAGUGGACUGAAAAUGUAUUCAAUUUAUGUUACUGAAAGGUAUUCAACCAG